CAUCCGUCAUCCGCCAUUUGCGAAAGUAGCCGAUCGCUGCUCCGCAGCGCGAGUGUCGUACGUUUGAGUAUGUCGAGAGUGUAAUUUGUUAUUUUCAAUUAAACUGUGACUUCUGUGCGGGAUUUGAGCAGUUAAAAUGAUUGUGAGAUUUUUGAGCGUGCUGUGCCUGGGAGUUUUGGUGGCUUCGGCGCACAAUGCCGAAGGAAACAACGACAAUGAAGACGUACCAUACUUGGAGCUGGCGGAACCCGACGAAGGCUACCACGGCCUGAUCCGGGAGAAUGAGACCCUGGUGGAGGUGACCCCUGCCAUCAGGGCUAGGGGACCUCUGUGCUCGUUCCUGAUACUGAACAAUAAGCACCAUGGAGAAGCACCGUUCGAGAUAAUGGUCAUCGACGAGAACGAGGCUCGGCUGCGCGUGCGCUUCCCUCUCAACUGCGAGAAGAGACGGAACUACAAGUUCGACAUCGCUGCCGUGGGUUGUGACGGCUCCUAUUCCAACACGGUCCCCGUCCACAUAACUGUCACAGACGUCAACGAGUUCGCACCCGUCUUCCCCCAGACGGCGUACGUCAAGUCUGUAGACGAAGGAAAGAUCUAUGACGAGAUAGUCCGCGUGGAAGCAACCGAUCGGGACUGCACGCCGAGAUAUGGCGAUGUGUGCAAGUACGAGAUCUUGACGGAUCGAAGCCAGCCCUUCGCUAUCGAUACCUACGGUGUGAUUCGCAACACGGAACCCCUGGAUUACGAGAUCCACAACCACAUCUUAUCCGUCGUCGCUUACGACUGUGGGAUGAUGCAGUCAGCUCCAGUAAUGGUCACCAUUAAAGUCAACAAGCCGUGCCGUGCUGGUUGGAAAGGUGUGGCAGAACGCGUGGACUACGCCCCCGGCACGGGACCCCUCGCCCUGUUCCCGGCCGCCCGCCUCGAGGCCUGCUCCUCGGACGAACGCUGCCCUGGAGUGACCAGGAUCCAAGCUGCUGUGACUCUUCAGGCUUCAAGAGCUGGGUCUGGUUGCGAUCGGGAUACUUAUGCCAUACAUUCGCAAAGGACUAUUUGUGGUUUGGACCCGCAGACGGUAGACCUUCUACCCAGUCCGGGCGCUGGCAACGAAUGGGCGAAGGCUCUCAAACCUGAUUCAGGUCGUGACGGCGAGCAGAUGUUCGAAUUCGACGGCUCAACGACAGCCGCAGCGGUGCCAGCUAGCGUGCUCCCGUCUUCUUUAGCCGGCAGUUUCUCCAUCUCCACAUGGAUGCGACAUGCACCGCCGCCGGACCAUGAUAAACAUAGGAAGGAGCAUGUGCUGUGUCUCGCUGAUGACCACAAAAUGAACCGCCACCACUACGCCCUGUUCGUUCGCAAUUGCCGCCUGAUCCUGCUGCUGAGGAGAGAUUUCGGAGACGGAGACCUCAACAUCUUCAGACCGGCUGAGUGGCGCUGGAAGAUCCCUGAGGUGUGCGACAACGAAUGGCAUCACUACGCUGUCAACGUUCGCUUCCCGAAUGUAGAACUCUUCGUGGACGGAGAACCCUAUCGAGCUCUUGAUGGGAAGGGGCCUGAAGUCAUUGACGAUUGGCCACUGCACCCGGCCCAUGGAGUCAAUACCACGCUGGUUGUUGGAGCCUGUUGGCAAGGAACGGAAGGCGACAUGAAGCACCACCUGCACGGCUGGCUGGCCGGGCUCGGCGUGCUCGUGCACAACGUGCAAACACCAGCCGCGCUCAAAUGCGUCGCGCACUGCCAAGAGGGGCUCAGCUUGGCGCCUGAUCUAUACUUGAAAUCGGUGUCAGUGGAAGGUGACGGUGUUGCUGACGUGGAAACCUUACUGCGUCGUGUCGCCUACGGCGAUGCACGAGCCUUCCCUACCCCGGGCCGCAGGAAUGUACACGUAGCCACCACUAUCACAUGCGACAACGGCCGCAUAAUCAAAGCGAAGCCCGCCGAGUCCUACAUCAUGGUUCUCCAGCCGCAAACGCCCAGCAUCCUGAUAAAUGGCACCGAUGACGCGGCCACAGACUACACACACUUCCGCAAGGGGGUCCGGGUCUUCCCGGAGCUCAGCGUGAGGGUUAUUGCAGCGCAACACGGCGCUGUCAAAGACGCAGAAGCCCAAAAACUCGACUCCUGCGUUGUCUCCGUGUACCCAGCACUCAACCCGGACCACGAGACCUUGUCUCUUCGCUCGGCCUCGGAACUGCCUCUACGUUACGACAUCCGCGCGGCCGUGACGCGAGACGGCGUCAUACUGACUGGCUCGGACGCUGUACACAACUAUCAACAGGUCCUCCGUGAAAUCGAGUAUAGCAACAAAAAGCCAGCGUACUAUCUCAACCGCGUGUUUAAGCUGACUUGCUCCGAGCUAGACGGCCGGUUCACGAGCAACGAAUACGUUCAAACGCUCACGGUUGUGCAUCCUAAAAUGACCGGGGACGGUUUGGCGCGCGAGCUACACCCAAGCGGAGUUGCUGACAAAAUGGACGCUGUUGCCAGAGACAAACAGCCGUCGCACGUGCACGGGCACGCAAUGCAACCGCGCGUGUACGCAGCGCACGCGCAACGCGACUCGCACUCCGCCGAGAUGCCGUCUGCGCGGCUGCUCGACGCGCCCACCAGCGCUACCAAUCACGUGGCCCUCCUAAUCGGCGUGAUAGCGUGCGGCGUGCUCGUGCUGGCGGGCGGGGUGGGGCUGGCGCGCGCGCGCGCGCCGCGCCCGUCGCCCCGCGCCCGCGCGCCCAAGGACGAGAUGGCUUGGGACGACUCCGCGCUCACCAUCACGCUCAAUCCUAUGGAUGAGCAGGCCGCAGCAGAAAUGGGCACGGCCGGCGCGGCCGAGUUAAGCUCCGAUGGAGAGUCGUGUGACGAUUCCGACUCUGACCGACACGACUCGUCCGAUGAAGACGAGGAAGUGGUGUCCGGAAAGCAGCACAAAUACAGAAACAUCAGUCAGCUGGAGUGGGACAACAGCACCAUGUAAUCCUGCAUCUCUCUCGCACGCGAGCCACGCCUCUAUCGCUAUCUCGCUCACCAAACUGUCUGCAUUAGUUUUCUACGUGUUGAAUGUGUUGUUAUGUAAAGAUUAAGAGGUGCAUUCGACGAUGAUGUCGCUUACGUAACGCCUUUCUGUAUGGCAGCAUCCUAAAUCAAAUCGACUACCAAUUUUUUUGCAAAGACAUGAAAUACUUCAAAAAAUAAUAAAACUUUGUGAGCUUUUUCAGAAGUAUUUGUAGUACCUAGAUGGCGUUACGUAAGAGAAGUUUACGUGGAAUGCUCCAAAAGAGGUUUGUGACAAUCGAUACACUGGUGUGUGUAUAUUUAAUUUUUGUCUUUGAAGUUUAGAAAUAAUGACUUUGAGUGUUUGUGGGAAUACUAGAAAGUGAAAUGUUACGAUCAAUGUAAAAUAAAACAAAAAAUGAGCAACUAGAUGGAUUCAAGUUGUAAUUGCAAAGAAAGUAAAAAAUACUUUCUUUGCCUUAGUAGCUUUGGUAAAGAAAAUUUUAAAUCGACUGAUUGGGCAAAAUAGAAUAGUUGACUAAGAUUAAAUUUGACGUCCCAAUCGGUAUACGAGUUACUUGAGGAAAUAAGGCGAAAACUAAAAAUAAUGCAGAUUAAACUAAUGCAAACUGUUUGCAAUCUAUCUCUGUCGCACAUUAGGACGAGCCUAGUGUGCGACAGAGACGACACAGCGACCCACAGUACAGUACGGAAUUGAUUUCUCGAGGUGUAGAAGCUUGGCACAAACCACGGCACAAUUUAUCUUUUAAUUUGUAGUUUAUUGUAACUAAGUCUAAAAUUGAUCAUAUCAAGUUUAUACGUAAAUGAUUUCCGCGGACUAUUGUUGCCGAUGGCGCGAAUGUACUUAACGUGUUUUUGAACGCGCCGAGCGGCCAUUUUGUGAUGGCGGCCAUCUUGUCUGCCACGGCAGCCAUUUUGUGCCCGCCAUGUUGGCAGCAGCAGUUCGCUCCGCGCUUGCUUUGUAGUACUGAGUACUCUACUCUAGAACUCUUUUCUAAUCUUUUUUUAAAAAUAAGUGGAAACAACUGUAUGUACUAAAUAACAGUAGUCGUUGUAAUUUCGUAUGGAAUCAGUAUAGCUCGUAAUAUAGCUUGUAAGUGAUCAAAUACUAUGUAUAUUGAAUACUUAAGAGAUAUGUUGUAUGCUUCACUUUUCAAGUAUAUUUUGCUACAAUUUUUUUUAGUUUAAGACACCCACGGCGAUGCCUGUUUGCGUUUUUGGUUCAAAGUGCAUUUAACAUUUUAAUUUGAAGGUACAAAAGCUUCGUACAAUUUGUAGUUAUUGUCGUUCGACAAAGAAAUGUCCAAAAAUACUUCUACCCUUUAUGAGCUUCUCAAAGAUCGGCUUAAAUGUAUAUUAGGCACAGAUAUUUUGAAAAAAAAAAUAGAUGUACGAUAUUAUACAAGUAAUAUACAAAAUGGUAUCGACAGCUACUAUAUAAUUAAUUAUAUAUAUAUUUUGAAUGCGUUAAGGGAUUUUUACUAACAAUUAGGUAGUAAGAGGCGGUCUCGCCGCCGGUCUAACUCUAGGUAGGGUUUUAUUUGGGUCUAUCGGUAGUGCGUCUCGCUCGCACGCCAUCUGUGCCCAUCCCCGUGACAGAGAAAGAAUAUAGAAACAAAAACACUACUUUAUUCUCAAAAAAUAUAAGCAGAGCACAUAAAAAUGGUCAAGUUUCUGCGCCACUCUUAAGCAAUUAAGGGCGGAAUCUAUGUCCGUGUGUGUUAUCUAAAAAUGUAUAUAAGUAUCCACAUCAUAAUGGUCUUGCAGAAAAUGCAGUCGAAUGUGCAAAAAUAAAUAAGCCUAGACGGGACACUUUAAAGAAUCGAAUUUUGUCAAAGUGCUCGCGCUUGCGAUUCUUCUGGUCUUGCAAGUGUCCAUGGAUGACUAAAGUGAUUAUCAUCAGAUGUCCCAUGUGUUCGAUUACCAUUAAAUUUAUCAUAAUACAUAUAUAUUUUAUCUCAAAGUCACGGGGUUGGUACAUUGACGUUAUGUGGUUGCAUAUCAUGGGAAGUUUGCCAUAUUAGUGUUAUAUAUUCGACUGUACGACCCCAAGCAAUCGUUGAUAUAAUCAUUUUGUCUUUGUCACUAGUUAGCGUUGUUGUAUGUUGCCGUUUCUCUCGCACAUUUGGCGGUUACUGGCGGGUUGUGUGUUCAGCAUUGUUAUAAGCUAGGUUGAAUUGUCUCAUAGCAUUUUGUUCGAAAACUAUAUAAGUGCAUAAUGUAAAAAUAUGCCUAGAAUUACUUAGUAUUUUUGUCUGUCAAUUUUCUGACAAUAAGCGAUCAUCGUACUUAUAAAAUGUCCGAUAUGUGUCAUAUCAUGUCAACUGUCAUAUAGGUUUUAUUAGUUGUAAUAUCUAUAAAACAGUGAGUGUUAAGGGGCAAUACAUAAUAUAUAAUUAAAGAAACAUAUGUUGUUGUAUAAAUUAAUAUAAUUUCGUAUUAAUAAGGCUAUGAGACAGACUUAAACCCUACUUGUUCGGUUAGUGAAAUCGUGCCAUCUCAAACAACGAAAAUGACACCUGUCAUUUUGACAGCUGUCAUUCUGUCACACAGCCCGGUGUAUUAAGUUUCUGCUUCAAGUUUCCCGUUAUGUUUGUUCUUGUCAACCGUCCAACGCUAUUUUAAUGUUUUUAACCUAGUUUAUGAUCUGAAAAGUUUUAUUCUUUGACAGCGUUCGCACCGCCAGUUAUAACAAGUAUUAUGUGAGGUAGCUACUUUCUUUUUGUAUUUUGCGGUAUUAUUACUGUAAUUAGGGAUCCUCUUUGAUGUAUGGAUUAUUAUAUUUUAGCUAAAAAUAAAGUUGGUUUAAAAUAA